AUGAAGCCCUUCACCAUCCUAGCUACCCUCCUGACUGUCGCCGGUUUCACCGCAGCCCAGAGCUGCAGACAGCUGAGCGCCGACUUUUGCCAGUGCGGCACCUACUGUUACAGGACCCGCGACGGCGGCUGCAACCCGGCGGGUACCUUUUACGGACUCUGCCCCCUGAAGAGGGAGACGACCUUUGAGGCGUGA